AUGACGUCCUCGGUCGAGAGAGCGAACAUCCUGGAGAGCCCUGGAUAUGGCAGACCGAAGGGCGAGACGGACGGUGCCCUACCACCUCGGGCGACUUGGAGUGCGAGGACAGUGAUGGAGAAAAGAAGAACGAGAGACGGAGAGAUCUUACGGUGGAGGACGUCCUUAUGGGGCCGGAGCGGGACCGGGAAGACGGAGCACGGCAAUAUAACGAGUUUUCGGCCGAACUCUACCGCGGCGUAUUCGCUGAGGCGCGGAACAACCGACAGGGCUGCGGCAGACACAUGCUUCGAGUCUGAACUCCGCAAGGCCAUCACACCCGAGGGCAAAUCGCCGCAGCAACUGCGAUACGCGUUCAUCCAGAAGGGUUCCACCAAGCGUUUCAGCGAUAUGAAGGGAGCCAUACAGCGCGUACAAGGUAUCUGGUGUGGGUCCCCAGCCGGUAAGGCUGGUGCACCAUUCAUACUCGGUGGGGACGAGGAGACAUACAAGCACAUGUACCACGUCAUGGCACAGGACCCGCGCGAGUACCGACAAGUCCGUCGCUACCCCGGCGAUUGGCAUUUGCUGUUGCACAUGGCCAAGGCGAUGCUUAGGCGAUACUGGGGUGCUGGCGUGGAGUUCGUCGCGAAGGAUUUGGGCACAGACGGGUCGAAGUCGGGGGAGGGGAGCAACUACCGUCGGGCCCACCACCACAUAACGGCGUUUUGGGCGGCGUUUAUGGCUCUGUGUCGAGAGGAAUACUUGAAGAGUUUGCCGACUCCAAGUGACAGACCGGUGGAAGAGGACAAGGUGGUAGACGGGGUGGUUCGGUGGAUCGUGGCACGGGCGGAGUCUCGCAAGACUUUCGCUGUGUGGAAGCAGUUCCUCCUGCACGACUACCCUGCGUACAUCGCGUUCCGAACUGCCCUGCGUACGGGGAACUUCGGGCUAAGGCUUGAAGGCCUUCGCCGUAUCGCCCCCAUUUUUUUCAUCACCGGCAAAGACAAGUACCAGUUCCUCGUGGUAGAUCAUCUGACGGAGGUGUCGCGUUAUUUGCGCAAUGAUAUGAGGGUCGUAUCCGAGCUAUUCUCCGUCUCACUCGGCCCUGACACGUUUGCACGGAUCGGCUUGGACGAGCGGCAGGAGGUGUCCAAUCGUCUCUACAAGACAUUGACGAAAAGGAUCCUUUCAAGCACGAUAGAAAAGCUGGCACCGAUUGCCCAGCUUCGUGAAGUCGCCAUCUUCGACUUCGAAUCGCAUUUCAUCGAGAAACCACGCACGGAGAGGGACCGUUGCAGAGAGUUGGCGGUGAAACGUGCACCAGCAGUCAGGGCGGCGAUGGACUGCCUGAGAGAGAGCCCGGCAUUUGAAGGCGGAGAUGGCAAAGACAAGGUCGUGGCGUUGGACGGGAGAGUGUUUCCGCCGGUCAAGUGGCAAGAGAUUCUCGACUCGUCUGCUAAGGCUCGUGCGAAACUGCGGGAGUGUAUCCUGUACUACGUCUUCAAGAAGAAAAAACUCAACGGCGCGAAGCUCAAGGGCGCGACGAAGAAGAAGGUUUUCUCCAUCCCGGCUAGGAACAGCAUCAACAAGGCCACGAAGAGUCAAGGGAGGUCGUCUGCACUGAAUGAUUCCGUCGGCAAUGCCUACGCUGGGGGACAAGAGUGGAAGGCCCUCACGCUGAACAUGUUCGAUGCGGCCAGAGAAGGUGGGGGUGUGGUGACGCAAGACCAGAUGCUGGAAAUGGUGGCGUCUAUAGGAGCGGCCACACCGUACAGCAUGGCCAACGCGACGGGAGGAGCUAAGCACGCCAACAAGGCGGCAGGUCCAGGGAAAUGGGUCAGAGAGCACUGUGCCGACGGGUUCGCAGACGACCCGUUUUACGACGCCGACGCUCACGGCGUGGAUCUUCCCGUGUCAAUCCACCAAGGGGUGCACCCGGAAUAUCUCGAGAAGGGAACUGCGGGAAUAAUCGACUACUUCAAGAGGCAGCUGUUGUCGAAGUGGCUGCAGUCAACCGAGCUACUCGUGGUGUGCUACGACCGACAGGAACUGGUGCCGGUAAUCAAAGGGCAAGAGCAGCUUGGGAGGACCGAGAAACUUGUAUGGACCAUGGCUUCGAGCCCAUGA